AUGCCGAGCGCAACAGCCUCGGGGGCCGAUGCGGCCGGCGGUGGCGCCCGCAGCCGCGAGCACAAUCAGGGCAACCAGGGCCGCUCGUAUACGGUGGAACAGAAGGCGGCGGUGCUGCGCAUCCGCAAGUGCUCACCGACGGCUUUCUACGACAUCCUUGGCCUCGAGGAGGUCAAAAAGACAGCCACGGAGAGCGAUAUCAAGAAGGCUUACCGCAAACAGUCACUGAUGACCCACCCCGACAAGAACGGCCAUGAGCACGCCGACGAGGCAUUCAAGAUGGUCAGCCGCGCCUUCAGCGUGUUGGGCGACAAGGAGAAGCGCGAAAAGUUUGAUCGCUUCGGCACAGACCCGGACUCCCGGUUCGGGCAGGCGCAGGCCCAGAACCCGUUCAGCGGGUUCAGCGGACGGCAAGCUGGUGGUGGCGGCGGCGGAGGAGGGGGAGGUGGCGGCUUCAGAGGUGGCGGGAUGGACGAGAUGACACCCGAGGAGAUGUUCCAGCGGUUUUUUGGGGGCGGGUUCGGCGGCGGUCCGUUCGGAGGAGGCGGCUUUGACACAGGGCCCCAGUUCGUCUUCAACUUUGGUGGCGGGCCGGGAUUCAGGGUACAUCAGUUCGGUGGCGCGCGGCCGCGGAGGAGACCGCGUGAAGCGACGGAGCAGCAAGGCGGUGGCCUGUCGACGCUUAUGGGCCUCCUGCCGAUCCUGUUACUCUUCGUGUUCCCGCUCAUCUCGAGCCUUUUCAGCGGCGGCGGGCCCGCGACGCCGAGCAUUGUCUACGAUAACCCCAAGGGCGCCAACACGCUCGGCCGGACGACGCCCAAGCUGAAUGUCAAGUACUUUGUCAACCCCAAGGAGGUUGAGAGCCUCACCAAGGGUAAGCUCAGCCAGCUGGACCAGACGGCCGAGAACAACUUGGUGCGGACGCUGCGGUUCCAGUGCGAGAACGAGUUGCUGGCGAGACAGCGCUUGUACGACUCGGCGAGCGGCUGGUUCUUCCAGGACCCGGAGAAGAUGCGCAAGGCCGACGCGUAUGACAUGCCAUCGUGUAAGAGACUGGAGUCGUUCAAUGUGGGGAGGUGA